GAGCCGGCAAAGUGGAGAUCUCUACCGAGGGCAGAGACCUACCUCCCCGCAGUGCUACAAGUGGGGCGCCGGAAGAGCCCCAGGCGUGCAGAAGCUCACAAAAGGCCACCCGUCCUCGGUCCAUUCAUUUUUGUUCACUGGUGAUUCAACCCCAUUCAUUGAUGGGCUGGGGCCGUGCGCUGAGCGCCCACAGUCGAUGGGGAAAGGGGCUCUGACCGACAGUCCCCACGCCGGGCGACAAGUGCUGUCCCAGCGUUAUCAGUCGGGCGCCUUGCCAGCCGAAAGGGCCUGUCUAAAUUCGUCUCCUGUCCCCUAACUCAUCCCGGCGCUGGCUGGCCUGGAGAGGGUAGGAUGGGGCGGCGCCGAGAAUGGCCGUUAUGAGGACCCUAAGAGGUGAGACCCUCUCGCCUUCUGGGCUGGGGGGUCCCGUCCCUUCCCCCACUGAGGACAGAGGCCCGCCCAGCGAUCUGAGCAUGUGUGGACGUCAAUCCUGCAGCCCCUCUUCCAGGCCCCCUCCCCAGCCUUGCAGGGCUCAGGUUACCCCUGGCCUUUCCUAAAGGUCACUCAUUCCUCUUGACGUUUGCAAAAGGGGAAUGUAAUCCUGGGGUGGGGGGAGACCCCUCAUCUGAAGCCCCUCCCCUGCUCCUCCCAAAGGGUGGAAUUAGAACAGGGACUGUUAUUGGGAGACAGAAAGUGGGGGAUAGUAGUUGACCUUUGGUAAGGGGGCAGGUGCCCAGGGCCAGAGGCUUCUGCUUUAGGCUGUAGUGGGCACUUGGCUGCCAGCCCAGUGUGAAGGGGGGAGGAUGGAGAGAAAGAGAGGCGGGGCUGGCUGGGGACCGAGUGGCUCAGGGAUAAAUGCGCAGCCUGAGAGGGGGUGAGCUGACACUGUCCCAGCUGCCACCUAGACUCGGAGCUCCCUCCAAACCUCCAGCGAAGACAUCCCAGCCAUGGCCAUGCAGAAAAUCUUUGCCCGGGAAAUCUUGGACUCCAGGGGCAACCCCACGGUGGAGGUGGACCUGCACACGGCCAAGGGCCGAUUCCGAGCAGCUGUGCCCAGUGGGGCUUCCACGGGUAUCUAUGAGGCUCUGGAACUAAGAGACGGAGACAAAGGCCGCUACCUGGGGAAAGGAGUCCUGAAGGCUGUGGAGAACAUCAACAAUACUCUGGGCCCUGCUCUGCUGCAAAAGAAACUAAGCGUUGUGGAUCAAGAAAAAGUUGACAAAUUUAUGAUUGAGCUAGAUGGGACCGAGAAUAAGUCCAAGUUUGGGGCCAAUGCCAUCCUGGGCGUGUCCUUGGCCGUGUGUAAGGCGGGAGCAGCUGAGAAGGGGGUCCCCCUGUACCGCCACAUCGCAGAUCUCGCUGGGAACCCUGACCUCAUACUCCCAGUGCCAGCCUUCAAUGUGAUCAACGGGGGCUCCCAUGCUGGAAACAAGCUGGCCAUGCAGGAGUUCAUGAUUCUGCCUGUGGGAGCCAGCUCCUUCAAGGAAGCCAUGCGCAUUGGCGCCGAGGUCUACCACCACCUCAAGGGGGUCAUCAAGGCCAAGUAUGGGAAGGAUGCCACCAAUGUGGGUGAUGAAGGUGGCUUCGCACCCAACAUCCUGGAGAACAAUGAGGCCCUGGAGCUGCUGAAGACGGCCAUCCAGGCGGCUGGUUACCCAGACAAGGUGGUGAUCGGCAUGGAUGUGGCAGCAUCUGAGUUCUAUCGCAAUGGGAAGUACGAUCUUGACUUCAAGUCGCCUGAUGAUCCCGCACGGCACAUCACUGGGGAGAAGCUCGGAGAGCUGUAUAAGAGCUUUAUCAAGAACUAUCCUGUGGUCUCCAUCGAAGACCCCUUUGACCAGGAUGACUGGGCCACUUGGACCUCCUUCCUCUCGGGGGUGAACAUCCAGAUUGUGGGGGAUGACUUGACAGUCACCAACCCCAAGAGGAUUGCCCAGGCCGUUGAGAAGAAGGCCUGCAACUGUCUGCUGCUGAAGGUCAACCAGAUCGGCUCGGUGACCGAAUCGAUCCAGGCGUGCAAACUGGCUCAGUCUAAUGGCUGGGGGGUGAUGGUGAGCCACCGCUCUGGGGAGACUGAGGACACAUUCAUUGCUGACCUUGUGGUGGGGCUCUGCACAGGACAGAUCAAGACUGGCGCCCCCUGCCGCUCGGAGCGUCUGGCCAAAUACAACCAACUCAUGAGGAUCGAGGAGGCUCUUGGGGACAAGGCAAUCUUUGCUGGACGCAAGUUCCGUAACCCGAAGGCCAAGUGAGAAGCUGGAGGCUCCAGGACUCCACUGGACAGACCCAGGUCUUCCAGACCUGCUUCCUGAAAUAAACACUGGUGCCAACCAA